AUGUCACCUGAAAGCAUCCUUCUCUCAUCCAGUGACUCUCAAAAUGAGGAUGGGUACAGAGGGGGUAUCAUUCGAAGAGGAUAUUCUACGGGUCCGACGACGCACAGCCAUUCCGACUCAAGGCGUUUUCAGCGAAAAUACGUCACAGGCCGCUUGAAUUCGGGGGUAGAGAAGCGAAGAUCAAUCCGAAAACGACUCUUUUCAAGUUCCACUCAACCUCCGAAAACAUCUAAUCGGACCACGCAAACGGCGGAAAAGGUGAAGGAUGCCCAGCUCACCUGGCGGGAUGCUCUCAAAUCUCCUCGAAAGGCUGUGAAAUACUCGGUCCAAAUGACAUGGGCACUUAUCGACUGGGCAAAACACUUAUGGGUGGGUGCCAAGCUCCUUGCUGCUGACGUUCGAGUAAGCUCAAGGGUUUUGAAGAGGAUUGCCCAUGGUAAGCAAAUUAGUAGAAGAGAACGUAAUUUCAUCGUCAAGACCGGUGUCGAUCUAGCUCGACUGGUGCCAUUCUCAUUGUUUCUCGUCAUCCCACUAGCGGAGUUUGCGUUGCCAUUUGCGUUGCGACUCUUCCCGAACAUGCUCCCAUCGCAAUUUCAAGAUCAAAUGAAAUCUGAUGAAGAUAUGAAGCGAAGACUUAAAGCUCGUCUCGAAUUGGCAAAGUACUUACGAGAUGUUGUGGAGGAGAAGGCCAAAACAGUGAAAGGAUCCGACGCAAGUUCUGUAAGUUUCGAUGCGGCCGUGCCAAUGAGACGACUGAGGAUGCAGUCCCUAACACGUUUCGACAGCGGAUCGUUCUAA